CAGCGGAGCGGCUGGUUCCUUGGCAACAUCUCCAGGAAUCCAGCGCCAGGCUCAGGCUUGCUUCCUCUCCCCUCCCACCGCCUGCCUGCGGGGCUGGGGGUGGAGGCAGCCAGCCCAUUAUAAGAAUUGAGAGCCCAUUCUAAGAAGCAGCGACACAGCCAGGUGGCCGAGGGACAGCAGCAAGCUCCAACCAAGGCCCCAGCCUCCUCCCUGGACCCCGCGCAGGCCCUCGCCCACCCCAGCCAUGGCUCCCACACCUCUGUCGCAGCUGCUGUGCCUAGCUGUGCUCUGCCAUCUGAUCGUCCUGCUGGCUGGACAGCAGCACGGUGUGGUGAAAUGCAGCAAUAUUUGUGAUAAGAUGACAUCACGAAUCCCGAACCACUUACUGCUGGGCUAUCGACUUAACCAAGCCUCCUGUGACAAGCCUGCCGUCAUUUUCGAGACCAAGAAGCACAGAUUUUUCUGUGCUGACCCAAAGGAGAAAUGGGUCCAGGAAGCACGAUGGCACCUAGACAACCGAACUCAUGCCCUGACAACUCAGAGUGGCGGCAAGUUUGAGAAGCACGUGGGGAAGCCCGAGACCACCCUGGUUGCCCAGGGGACAUCCCAGCCUGCGCUCACAGAGCCCAAAGCCACCGAAGAAAGCAGUAGUUUGGAGCCCACUGCUUCUUCCCAGGGAACUCAGAGACCCACAGGGACUUCACCAGUGCUGCCAGUGAGAGUGACUGGAUCUUUGGGGACCAGGCUGUCUCUCCCUUCAAAGGCUCAGGAUGGAGAGCCUCCAGCUGGCACAGAGGUCUUCGGCACAACUGCCAUCUCCACCACCAUUGCUAGGCAGAGGUCUGCUGCCGACCAACCUGGCUCCAGCCCCGGGACUCAGGAAAAGGCUCCCUCUACUCUGGCCCCCUCCAUUACGCCCCCCUCCACUGAGCCCACUUCAACCCAGAGCCCUACCACUUCACAUUCAACCACUGAAGGCCAACCUGCAUGGACCCAGGGACAGACCCCUACUCCAGAGAGCUCUGCAGGCUCCGAGAUGGGUCGUGGUCUCACUCACACAGAUGCUUUCCAGGACUGGGGCCCCAGCAGCAUGGACCAUGCUUCUGUGGUCCCCAUCUCCUCUGAAGGGACCCCCAGCCAGGAGCCAGUGGUCUUAGGCAGCUUGAUCCCCAAGGCUGAGGACCCCAUCCAUGGUACCCUGGACCCCCAGAGGCAGGUCCUUAUCACUCCUGUCCCUGACACCCAAGCAGCCACUCGGAGGCAGGCAGUGGGGCUGCUGGCCUUCCUUGGCCUCCUCUUCUGCCUGGGGGUGUCCAUGUUUGCCUACCAGAGCCUCCAGGGCUGCCCCCGCAAGAUGGCUGGGGAGAUGGUGGAGGGCCUUCGCUAUGUCCCCCGGAGCUGUGGUAGUAACUCCUACGUCCUUGUGCCAGUGUGAGCUGCCUACUUGUCUGUGUCUGGUUUUGAUUCAGACAGUUGCCUGGGGACCCCCAUCCUCAUACCCACCCUCACUGAGGGGCCUGGCUGAGCUGGGGGAGUGGGAAUGGGGAGGCGGGAUCCUCCAGGUGCAAAUGGCUCCAAGACCUCAGGUGUGGCCUAGGAGGUCACCCUUGACCAUUCUCAACCUAUCAGGGCCAGAGAGGGAUGGUCUCCAGUUCCAAACCCAAGAACUCCUCUCUGCUUCUGGCUGGUUAGAGGUUCCCAGCCCCAGCACAGAAUUAUUUAUUGAAUAUUCAGACCCCUCUUCCCUGGCCUGCGCCUCCCUGUGAGCACCAUGGUCCUCCUAUUUCACAAAUGAGCAACCGGCCAGGCCUCUUUUGCCUGUUCCCCAGACCUCCUCGUGUCCCUUGGUCCUGCUGCAGUCGCCAGUCACCCCGGUCAGCUGCGGUGCUAUCUCUACAUUUCUUCUGUACAGAGCCCCAACCCCUACCCUGGAUUUGUGUCUUUUCUUGCAUGAGGCUGGCGUGGCAUUCCUGGAGUGCUCCUGGUGAAGAUUCUGCAUGGUGGGCGGGAGAUGAGGUCUUCUGGUGGCUUCGGUGUCCUCCUCUGUCUAGCGAAGGAACACUGAGAAUGAGGGCCAGGUUCCGGCCCCAGCACCACCACCCACCUAACAAGGCUGGCAGAUACGUGGCAAUAACCUGUGCUCCUGGGCACUCUGAGACUCUCAUCCUAGCCCCUGGAUGGGCCUCCCAACCCUCAACAGCCGAUCACCUUGGACAUUCACUGGCACUUCUGUGGGCUGGGGAACCUGCAGGAGCAGAGGCAACUGUGAAGGCUCCUGCUUGUCCAGGAAGGCUCACUUCCUAGCAAAGUGACAGCCCCAGGUCAGCCCUCACAGAGAGACGACUGAGGAGGGAGGAGGGCAGCAAGCCCCAGGCAGCCAAGGCAGCCCGCAAAAGGGACAGGGAAAAGCUAUGGAGCUGCAUAGUUUUGGGGCUCCUGUAGCAGUGAGUUUGCUGUGGCCCACACAGCCGUACGCUUUCCUCCUACCUGGGUCCCCUUCCACCUCCAUCCACUCCUGACAGCACAGUUCUCUGAGCUCCAAGACUUUGCCCUCUCCUUUGUCCCCCAAAAUGCAGAGCCAGCACUGUCUAUAUAUCCUGGAGUCCUGUGUAUAUUUCUGGAAGGGUCUCCACUCUGAGGGAGGAGAACUGUGAGCAUAAAAUUCUGGGUUUCCUUUCUAGCUGCUGAAGACUAGGGCAAACCUGGAGGUGGCCAGCACCCCAACCAGAGCUAGACCUGUAGACUUUGCCCCUCAGGAUCCCUGGUGACACCUCACCAUUUCUUCUGAUUGUCCUCAAGAGUGACUGUUGCCCUCCGUCUACAGAGCCUCUCAUGGGCUGGGCUGUACCUAGGUACUGGUGACACAGUCCUUGGCAGGUGGCUCCUUAGAAAAGGAAAACAACUCUGUCCCGCAGAAAGAGGAAGUCCCACUGCCUACUUGCCCUCACAGCAUGUUUCAGGGUCACUCUGAGAGGUCUGAGGGGAGGGAGGGUCCAAAUGCACUUUGUUCUGGUUCAGGUUUUGCCAAGCCAGGAGAGCCUUCAAGGUUGGGACACCCCUCCUUUGUGAAGUCCCCCUGCCCCAGAGGACAUGGACAGUGACAGUCUGGGGAGGGCUUUUGCUCUUUCAACCCUCAUCACCACUGUAUGUGCCAUUUUGUAUUUUACUAAUAAAAUUUAAAAGUCUUGUGAAUUACAUAA